GAGUGAACGUUAAUCGAGAAAAUGACUCCAAAUAUUAAUAUUUAAUAAAUGAAUAAAUAUAUCUUAUAAACACAAAAAUACUACCGUGAUACAAAAUAUAUAAAUUAAAUGUAAUUUUAUUAAAUAAUAAUAAAAUGAUUCCUCGGAGAUAUUAUAUAGCUUUGAUGAUAUUUUUAAGUUGUUUUUAUAAUGAUAUGAUAAAAGUUAAUCUCAGUGUAAAUCUAGUGGCGAUGGUUCCUGUUACUAACAAUACAGUAUCAGCAAAUCAGAGCACCAUAUCCUGGAGUGCAUAUGAAAGAGCAUUGCUGCUGUCUUCGUAUAGCUGGGGCUUCCUCGCUGGUAAUCUAUCUGGAGGGUACGUCGGACAAAGGUUCAGCCCAAAGAUACUAAUGUUUAUUGCUAUACUUGGUGGAGGCCUGAUCACGCUCAUCAGCCCAACUGUGGCAAAACUUACCUACGUGGGAUUCCUCGUUAUAAGAAUAGUGAUUGGAUACUUUGGGGGUAUCGCGUUCCCACUGUCACACUGCCUAAUAGCCAAUUGGGCUACGCCCAACGAAAGAGGUAUAUUUGUAGGGGCUCUUAUCAGUGGAAGCCUGGGAACAUUUGUUUCAUGGACUAUUUGCGGCUUCGUCAUCGACGCCUUUGGUUGGGAGUGGGGUUUCUAUGCUUUCACCGUGUUCCUACCAUUUGUCGUUGCACUCUGGUGGUAUCUUGUUUACGACACCCCAUCUGAACACCCUACUAUAUUGCCUGAUGAGAAAGAAUAUUUGGAAGACUUUGUAGAAUUAAACAAGGAAAAACCCACUAAGGACCGGAAAGUACCAACAUGGAAAUUCCUGACUAGUAUCCCUGCCAUAUCAUUGCUGAUUUUGAAUUUUAGCACCGGUUGGGGAGUACAUUUUGUCAGACAAUCUAUACCCAGUUACGUAGCAAAUGGUCUCGGAUACGACAUAAAAUCUACCGGAUAUUUAUCAGCCCUCACUUAUUUACUGAGACCUUUCUCCGCAUUUCUGAUCGGAGGCGUAGCAGAUGUGGUGUUAAAAAGGAAAUUGAUUACAUUAAAUCUGCUAAGAAAAGUGGCAGUUAUAUUUUCUCACAUGAUACCAGGAUGCGGCCUCCUGUCGAUGGUGUAUCCAAAUUUUCCGAAGAUAGUAUAUGUGAUGUUACUAGUAGUAACAAUGGGUCUGAAUGGAUUUGUGUCUAUAACUAGCGCUGCUAACAUUCACGACUUGACUGCGAACUAUGCUGGUGCACUGAGUGGCUUUCCGAUCUCAUUUAUAACGUGCGCUGGCAUUGUUACUCCGAUCGUUACUGCACAUCUGAUAAAGGAAGAUGAGACCAGUCUGGAUUUAUGGCGAUCAGUAUUGUACCUGGCUGCAGCGAUGUACCUAUUCAGCGGUUUGCAAUUUAUAAUCUUUGGAUCUACUAAACAUCAGUCCUGGGAUAAAAUAGAAAUGGAAAAAUAAGAAAAAGUGAAAAGAUAUUAUUUAUCAUUUAAAUUCUUUAAUAUAUUUUUAUUAUAGAAUAUACUUAAGUAGGUACACUUUAUCAUACAUUAUAUACAGGCAUGCAUACAUUCCAUUUAAUAAUAUUUUAUUACUCUUAAAACAAAAGAUGACACAUAACAAUGAGACACAAGUCUAGAUUCGAAUACACGAGUAAAAGUUAAUAUUUAAAAUUCAAUAAUAAAUCUGUAACAUUUAAUUUCUAAUUACAUAGAACGAUUAUUGACAUUCUAUUCAAAACAUACAAUAUUUUAUAUUAAAGUUGAAACUAUC